AUGUCCAGUGACAAUUGCACUUCGGUGACAGACUUUAUUCUCUUGGGCCUCACAGAUCGUCCAGAGCUUCAAGGCUUCCUCUUUGUGUUCUUUUUAAUCAUCUACUUUUUCACCUUGUUAGGCAACCUGGGUCUGAUUGUAGUAAUUCUACUAAAUUCUAGCCUUCACACACCCAUGUAUUUCUUCCUCACUAACCUAGCAUUUGUAGACCUGUGGUAUUCUUCCAACGCAACCCCCAAGAUGCUGGCUAACUUCUUGUCAGAGAAGAAGACCAUCUCCUUUGCUGGAUGUUUCAUCCAAUGCUACAUUUUCAUUGCUCUGCUCCUUACGGAGUAUUAUAUGUUGGCAGCAAUGGCAUAUGACCGCUAUAUGGCUAUCUGCCACCCUCUACAUUACAGUAUCAAAAUGUCCAGGAGGGUCUGCACCUGCCUCAUCACUUUCCCCUAUGUAUAUGGCUUCUCCGAUGGCCUAUUCCAAGCAGUCACGACAUUCAGAUUGUCCUUUUGUGGAUCCAACGUCAUCAACCAUUUUUACUGUGCCGACCCGCCUCUCUUAAAGCUGUCUAACUCUGAUACCCACUUCAAAGAAAAUGCCAUAAAAAUGCCCAGUGACAAUUGCACUUCUGUGACAGACUUUAUUCUUGUGGGUCUCACAGAUCGUCCAGAGUCUCAAGGCUUCCUCUUUGUGUUCUUUUUAAUCAUCUACUUUUUCACCUUGUUAGGCAACCUGGGUCUGAUUGUGCUAAUUCUACUAAAUUCUAGCCUUCACAUGCCCAUGUAUUUCUUCCUCACUAACUUAGCAUUUGUAGACCUGUGGUGUUCUACAACCACGACCCCCAAGAUGCUGACUAACUUCUUGUCAGAGAAGAAGACCAUUUCCUUUGUCGGUUGUUUCAUCCAAUGCUACAUUUUCAUUGCUCUAUCCCUUACAGAGUUUUAUAUACUGGCGGCAAUGGCGUAUGACCGCUAUAUGGCUAUCUGCCACCCUCUACAUUACAGCAUCAAAAUGACCAGGAGGGUCUACACCGGCCUCAUUGCCUUCCCCUAUGUAUAUGGCUUCUCCGAAGGCCUAUUCCAAACAAUCACGACAUUCAGAUUGUCCUUUUGUGGAUCCAACGUCAUCAACCAUUUUUUCUGUACCGACCCACCUCUCAUGAAGCUGUCUCGCUCUGAUACCCACCUCAAAGAAUAUGCCAUGCUCCUCUCUGCUGGAUUUAACCUCUUCAACUCCUUCACGAUCAUCAUCCUGUCUUAUAUCUUCAUUCUCACGGCAAUCCUCAAGAUCCAGUCUUCUGAGGGAAGGAGUAAAGCAUUUUCCACGUGUGGAUCCCACAUAAUGGGUGUCACUUUAUUUUAUGGGUCAAUGUUCUGCAUGUAUGUGAGGCCUCUGAAGGACCAGUCUAUGGGGCAGUCCAAGGUAGUAUCUGUUUUCUAUACAUUUGUCUGUCCGAUGCUGAAUCCUUUGAUCUACAGUCUGAGGAACAAAGAUGUAAAAGCGGCCUUGAGGAAACUGGUAAAUGAAAGGGGGUCUGAUCAAAACCAAAUGAUGUGGGCAGAUUAUAUCCAAGUUGUGAAUGUCAAUACACCUACAAAUACAUCCCCUGAACAGACUGACUUUCCCAGUAAUACUACUGCAUUACUGAUCCAGAGUCAACUAUGGUCGUUUAGGACCGAAGGAAUUUACAUACCAGAAAAUGAGGUGGCAGCUAAGAAAGCAGCAGCUAUAACAGCCUGA